GGCUUGUUUGUGCGACUGCAGAUUGACGGUGUCAUUGUGAAGCUUAAAUUGUCGGAAAUAGCAGGACUGGCAUGAAGAAAACGGUGGAAGUGAAGAAGAGGAGAAGGAGGACGAGGAGGAGGAACAAGAAGAGGGUUUGGAAAGAUGAGACGAUGAAUAUUCUCGACCUGGUCUGGUCUGGUCUCUAGACAACCUGAGACGAGACGAGACCAACGGGACGGAGGCGCUCGCAACAGCGAGGAAUUCGCCGACGAAAAAGGGCUCGCCGAGCUGAGUGUUCCCCUUCAACAUACCCAACCCCCACGUCCCAUGUUGAUGUCCCUCUCGGCCGAGGUCGUUGUCGUCGUCCUCCGUUACACACAACCACCAGGUACCCGUUGCCAUUCUUGCUGCUCACUCAGUCCUGCCGCUCCGGUCCUUCCGACACCAUCAAAACCACACAGCAUGCAUUCAUGUAAUGCAACCUCCCCUUACUGGCUCUCAUCCUCAAACAAGAUCCUGGUGUUUUCUUAUCUGAUCACCGUCCCGCGCGCGUGUCAUGCCCACACCUACAUUAAAUCUAGAAUACAUCGAAAAGAGCCGCGUCAAGCCGUUUCCUUCCGAGAUCCCUCUCUCCCCCGGUCCCCAGUCAUCUAGUUCUAGUCCCCGUACCCUCUUCAUCAUCGGGCCUGGCUCCGAAACUCCGCCCACUACACUACCCAAGCGCCGUUCGCACUUACGCCGGCCGGGGGAUCUCGGGGCUCGGGGCGAAGAAACAGAACAAAUCAACACAACACCCCAAAGCUCGUCGUCAGGCAUCAUCAUUUGACUUCUGCCCAGCAGUUCGAGAAAAGCAUAGGUGCUGCUGGGUUGGUCCACACCCUGGUUGCUAGAAAAGAUGAAAGUUCCAAAGAACAAUUCUCCCCCCAUAUUUGUUUCUCACCAGCUAGAGUAUACCAAGGAUAAACCCCAAACCUACCCGUCUCGGCCUCCGUCAUAUUCAAGAUGAGGAGGUCGUUCGGUAGUUUUUUUCCCUGGUGGUGAGAACAAACAGACAAAGAACCCAACACCUAGAUCGUAUUUUCCGUCGGCCGUUUUUUCCCAACUCAUCGUCAAAGUCGGGAUAUCCUUGACCCCAUUGGGGUAGGGCUCCCCAUGAGGAAGGGGUGUCCUGGUUGAAUUUAAGAGGUUACGAUUUGUCGGAUUUUCCCGUGUGGAUACAAAACAGAUCUUGGGAAAGUCUUGGUUACCCACUGGUCGAGACCAAGAGCCAUGGCGCAGCUUGAGGGAUAUCACGCCCUAGUGCGUCAUCGAAAGGAGACAGAAAGUGAAAUGCAAGGAAAUGCAGGCUGCAAGACAUCAUGACGACGAGAUGCCGAAUGGUGGUGUCCUGCCUGCCUUAUUUUCAACUCGACUACUAGACACAUUCAAUCACCAACAACAGCUUGCUCUGCCCGAUCUCGAAACAUGUCCUUCCAUGUUGGUCUUCCGUUUAUGUUUGAGCGAUAUUUGUGACUUUGACAGCUGAAUGGGGGUUGGCAGUGUUGGUUAGGUAACAAGGGCUCGACGUCCAAGAUGGCCGGGAGAGGCCAGCUUCAAAUAAAUGCCUAUCAGUGGUCAGUUGGGAAUUGGUUACCAGUUCACAUUACAACUGCACAGAUAGCAGCAAAUAUUACCUGCUGCAAGACCGGAGGCUGAUCAGCCAAACCGCAACCCUCAACCCUGCCGUCGUCGUGUCGAGGAGCUCGUCUGCCUUUUCAAUGACUAAACGCGGGAUGCGCCGGAGGGAAGCGGACAUGAGGGACAUGAGUAGCGUAGGACGGCCACUAGGACUCCAGCGACGUCGGAGUCGCACGAAAAAGAGCCGGGUGAUUCUGCGUCGUUUUUGGCGCCGCUUCCCUGCCCUGCGCCGAUGUCCUCGCAGAAUGCUAGCUCCCGUCGACCCCGCAGCCCUUCGUGAGCACCAUCCCACCGGCUUUACCCAGAAAAGGGCGGCCAAUCAUUGUCAUCGGAUAAGAAUGAGGCCUGUCCCAGUGGCGCCGCGGCGGCAUCUUUGAUCCUAGCCUGUCGUCAGCGAGGCCGGGGCCCCUGCCAGAUGCCAUGCCAGGGUCCAGGACAAGCACGCGAGCUUUACCACCCGUACCCUCCAGUGGCCCCCCCGAGCCCCCCCAUAUGGACCCCCAAACUGCCCCCCCAUUCGACUGCAACCUCCACGCACCACCACGCCCCGAGAUGGGCAGCGAGCAGCACCGCCUAGCCCUUUCCAAGCUGCCGGGCAGCCAAUCAGUAAUGCUAUGUGACGACAGUAUGUGUAGACCAACGCGGGGCAUUGCCUAUUGCAGGAAAAUAUCUCAUCCCACGGCCGAUAUCGUCUGGUUUUCCAAAGGGGAAAUAGGCAUCAUGAUAUGUAUGGCAAAAAAGCAAAUACGACCCGACUGGCGCGGACGUCGUUCCACAUGUCAAGACGCUGGAACUGUGCGCCGUGCUUCUAACGCACGAGCGAUAACCGGCGCUCCCUGAGUAAAUCCUCGCCAAAACGUGGCCACUCAACCCAGCACAGGGACUCCCCCGCGCUGCCUGUUGACGACCAUCCCAGGAGAAAAACGCAAGGCUCUGGAUAAUAGUGUGAAACGGAGCUACACUAUUGUGCUCCUGUCGGUAGAGAGAACUGUGUAGCUAGGAGCAGGGGACCAGGAAAAGGCUUGGUUCUGUCGUCCCAUGAAAAAAAAGAGACCGUCGCUAUUCGGGCUUUCAAACGUUGCCCCCCCCCCUCCCCCCCACCACCGGCCUUUCCUGCGGGUGUCUAUAUUAUACUCGUCCCUGCCCUUCGUCCCAUUGUGCUCGAUUGUCCUCUUCUCUUCCCAUUCAUUCUUCGUUCGACAGCGUACGAGUUCAACAGUUGAUACCCCCGACACAUUUCCGCACUCCAACAACAACAACAAGAACAUAUACCCCUAGAUACCCAUUCAACACUCGUCACAAUGUCCAACCUUCCUUCUGAGCCCGAGUUCGAGCAGGCCUACAAGGAGCUCUACUACACCCUCGAGAACAGCACCCUCUUCAAGAAGAACCCCGAGUACCGCACCGCCCUCAAGGUCAUCUCCAUCCCCGAGCGUGUCAUCCAGUUCCGCGUCAUCUGGGAGGACGACAAUGGCGACCUCCAGGUGAACCGUGGUUAUCGUGUCCAGUUCAACUCGGCCCUCGGCCCGUACAAGGGUGGUCUCAGACUUCACCCCUCCGUCAACCUUUCCAUCCUCAAGUUCCUCGGCUUCGAGCAGAUCUUCAAGAAUGCCCUCACUGGCCUGAUGAUGGGUGGUGGCAAGGGUGGUUCCGACUUCGACCCCAAGGGCAAGAGUGACAACGAGAUUCGCCGCUUCUGCGUUUCCUUCAUGCGCGAGCUCGCCAGAUACAUUGGUGCCGAUACCGAUGUUCCCGCUGGUGAUAUCGGUGUUGGUGGCCGCGAGAUCGGUUACAUGUUCGGUGCCUACCGCCGUGAGCGCAACAAGUUCACUGGUGUCCUUACCGGCAAGGGUCUCCACUGGGGUGGCUCUCUCAUCCGUCCCGAGGCCACUGGUUUCGGCCUCGUCUACUAUGUCGGCCACAUGCUCGAGUAUGCUGGUGUGACCGAUGGCUGGAAGAACAAGCGCGUCUCCAUCUCGGGCUCCGGCAACGUCGCCCAGUAUGCUGCCCUCAAGGUCAUCGAGCUCGGCGGCAAGGUCGUCUCUCUUUCCGACUCCAAGGGCUCUCUCAUCGCCACUGGCGAGCAGGGCGUCACCCCCGAAGAUAUCGCCGCCAUUGCUGAGCUCAAGCUCAACCGCGGCUCUCUCUCCGACUACAGCCACAAGGACAACCUCAAGUACCUUGACGGUGUCCGCCCCUGGGUCCACGUCGGCAAGGUCGACAUUGCUCUCCCUUCGGCCACCCAGAACGAGGUCAGCAAGGAGGAGGCCGAGGCUCUUGUCGCCGCCGGCUGCAAGUUCAUUGCUGAGGGUUCCAACAUGGGCUGCACUCUCGAGGCCAUCGAGGUCUUUGAGAACGAGCGCCGUGAGAAGAAGGGCGAGGCCAUCUGGUAUGCCCCUGGCAAGGCUGCCAACUGUGGUGGUGUCGCCGUCUCCGGUCUCGAGAUGUCCCAGAACAGCCAGCGUCUCGCCUGGACCAAGGAGGAGGUUGACAGCAAGCUCAAGGAGAUCAUGAAGUGCGCCUUCUUCCAGGGUCUCAACACGGCCAAGGAGUACGUCGAGGCCACCGAGGGCGAGUAUCCCAGCUUGGUUGCUGGUUCCAAUAUUGCCGGUUUCGUCAAGGUCGCCCGUGCCAUGAAGGAGACCGGUGACUGGUGGGACAACCAGCUCAACAAGGAGGCUGCCGAUGCCGAGGUCACCUCCGACUCUGGCUUCGCCGCUUAAAUCGAUGAUCCAGUGGUUGCAGUUCAGCCCAAGGCAGAGUAGCUGUAUGUGUUGCUGGAUCGGCAUCCGACGCUACCCGGGCUAGAACCAGGGCUGCAGAGGCACCACCACACAUCCGUAUGUGGGUGACCAAGUGCCGAGCCAUUCCCAUCAGGAUGGCGAUGUGGCCGCCACCUCGAUGAUGACGCCGCCGCUCUUUGCGGCACGCCCAUCGGUGUGGGAUUUGUGAUUUUUCUCAUUGGGCGUUUUCUGGUCCCAUUGGCGUCAUGGGGGUUCUUGGGUGCUGGGUAUGGAGUUUGAAGGGAUCGGACGGGAUGGCCGGGACGAGGUUAUGACUUUCAUCUUCUUCAUCUUCAUCUUCCACCCCCAUCUUCCCAUUGGCAGCUCGGUGAGUAACAACCACGCCUGUGCCUCCUGCACAGUCGGGGAGAGAAUUGAACCGAGCGGGCCUUACCGACAACGUCAUUGCUGUUCUGCUCCUGCGGGAGGCAGAAUAAGCUUGUAAGCUUGUUGGAGUUGGGCAUGGAUGAUGGUGUGUGUGUGUGUGUACCUGUUCGUGUUCUUGUUAUGGUUUUUAAGGUUCUCACACCAAGGGGCAUAGACGGCAUUUGGGAGGGAUAGCGUGUCGUGCAUGGCGCAGGGAAGGAAUCUGUAGAAUAGAGUUGGGGAAGCCCCAAGCAUAUAGAGAAUAUAACCACAAUAAAAAUAUAUAAAAAAAAAAGAACAGAAACUGCAAGUGAAGUCGAU